AUGUCAUUCGACGUCGCCAAGAAGCGUUUCGAGUCGGAGGGCGACGAGAUCGCGUUUAUCAAUCGGUUCUUAGCGCCCGCGGCCGCGCAAAUGGUGUUGUUCGGCUACUCGAGUCGCGAAAAUGUUGGUGGAGGCCCGGUACGCGACGCGUUGGACGUGCUGCGUGGGUCGUUCGGCACCGGCCAGAUGGCAGAGACGGCCGAGGAAUUCAAGGCCAUGCUGCGCGCAGAACGGCAAUUGGCCCGUCAGCCAACUAGGCCCGAAUACAUACUGCCCGAAAAGCUUCGAGAACUUCUAAAUGCGCAGAUUGGCCCCAACGACGAGGCCACCGCUUUUCGGCAUACCCAGUUUUCGGAGAAGAAUGACUCCCACGAAGCGACCCGCUUCGACCACAUUCACAUCUACGUUGCCCAGAAUUGCCGAGGCGUCGGCAUCCACGUGGUAAAAGCGCGCAACGGCCACAAGCUGGUCAAAGAGAGGGAUGAGUGCGUCCCAAUCCCAUGGCGA